AUGUCUUUCUUAAUUUUCAAGAUCAAACUUCUCUCAAUAUGUUUCUUAUUGUUUCAAUUCUCGAAUGGUCAGUUUGGAAACGUUGCUCCACCAUAUGGCCCAAGUCAGUUCAGCAAUAUUGGAAUGAUAAAUGCGUAGGAUUUCUCUCCAUAUAAACGAACCAACUCUAACAUCUUGUUAGUAUUACUGUUGCCAAUCAAUCAGAUCUUCUGUCGGGGGGUAGCAUAACCAUUGAUGGUAUUCCCAUGGUAGUGCCCAGAAAUUCAUAUGUUACACUACCUUCGAUUUCAGUGCUGUGGUCGGAACUCUUCAUCAAUGGGUCUCCACAGCUUCCGCAGUUUGGGGCACCUGGAAUAACUUGGGAAGCAACUGUGAUUGGUAACCGUGUGGGAGAUACUUACGUUGUCGGACUUAUCUACCUCGCCCAGUCCUCGGUUCGUAUUGUUCAAGGCUUCGUCAAUGCUAUUGAUCUUAAAACGGGUGAGUUCUGGGUUUCUGGUAACUCAGCUGUUGCCGGCUCUGGUACAAAAGCACGUCUCAACGAUCCUGUCGGUAAGUUCGUCAAUAUUUCGGUUUCCCCGACAAGCCAACUGAAAAAACAUGUAAUAAAAUGCUGAUUCUAGUGGAAGGUCGAUACGGAAUCCCAUAUUCAGACCACCCACUGUGGACUGUAGACGCCGAAAGUCCGUCUGUUAUCGCUGCCACUGGAUAUCCUCUCUGUAUUCCCAGAUACUCUAAUGGCACAGACGAUCCAUUAUGCCCUCUCAAGAACAGAGUCAUUAAUGGACAGGUUCCAACGUUUAUGUAAGCGAAAAAAGGAAGAAAAGAAAAUAGGGACCUCGCUAACAAAUGAAGUCAAUUCAAAGGUGCUCUAGCUCGCACUGCUACCGAUCCUGAUCCAAACUUGAUGGCUCCAAUCAUGGUCGGCGAUUAUAUAACCAUCAACGGAGUUCAGGUUGGGGGUGGUAUUUUUGCAGUAUAUUCUCUUCUAGCCAGUUUGGCAUUAUACACAGCCCCCCGUGAACUACGUAGGUAUCAAUACACUCUUCACAAAGACGGUCCCUAAUUGAUCUUUUAGCUGCCUAUAUCCGUGUAGAAGAAGCCAGACUUGGUGUCCCGGCUCCUAACAAUGCUGAGCAGGGGGAGACACGUGCUAUAGCAUUCACAACAGACCCUUCUACGCCAAUGCAAUGGUACGCAAUUGACGUGGACCCAUGUACAGGAGCAGAAAAGGAGCGCAAUCUUCAACUCACGCAGCCCUUGGGUCAAAACGCUGGUGACGUGUGGGGGAAAGCCAUCUUUCGUCUCGGAAAAGUGAACGCAUCACCUGUAAGUAGAUUCUGUUGCAACUCUUUACUCUUAUUGCGUUUUCGAAAAGACGUUCAUAAGACAAAGCUGACUUGAUUACAUUCAAGAUGACCAAGAAUGUCGGAUUCAAGCUGCUUACUGGAACUACCAUGACAGGAAAUGGGCUCGAAGCCGGAGUAUUCAUUCAACCGGUUUUUACCUUUAUUAUGCCUGAGUUGGUGGUUCUUGGUGACCCUAUGUUUCCAUUUGGUGAGUGCGAUUUUCUUCAAAACAGUUCAAUCCUUGACAGCCUGACCGGGUAUCAUCGUGAAAAAUGAAUGCUGAUUUCCAUCGACCUUAGAAUUCCAGGACUUUCCAUUUCUCGCGCUUGGGUCGGGUCCUUUUAUUGAAGCUCUUCCGGGUGCGGAAUUGGAUGCACCCGUUGUUUUGGUCGGACAGCUCGAUCCUUAUCCUGGACUGCGAACUCCAUUGACAACACCCUGUGUAGCUGUGACACCGACUCCUACAUCUUCUGGUCCCACGACGUUGAGCACCAUUUCAUCGGCAACUCCUGUUCUUGGGGCCGAUAUUGUGACUUUUACUUUUACUGAAAACCGCGGUCAAGGUGUUACCACCUACACAAUUCAAGCGGUGAGCUCCCAUAUAACGAAUCCUCUACCCACUCUUAUAGUGACUGGAUCUGGAAUAAACCCGUUGGGACAGAGUCCCAUGACUUCGACUGGUAACGGCAAUUACAUUCUUCAAGUAACAUUGAAGCGACGCUUGGACACCAUCACAGUUACAUCGAGUCACGGAGGGCAGAGUAGUGUGCAGACCUAA